AUGGCGCAAGUUCGGAAGGUCCAUUGCGGAGAAUGCCUCCGACGUCGAUUGGUAUGCGAUUUCGAAGUCCCCGGAUGUAGACGAUGUGCAAGAUCCGGAGUGGACUGCCCUGGUUACGGCGACAGUGCAAAAGUGCGACUGCGAUGGGUCGACCCAGGCGAAACCAAUUCGAAAAAACGUAAAGGCACCCUCAGUCGACAGAAGAACAAAAAUAGUCCAACAAGUGCUAGCCAUCGACAAUGUCGCUCAGAAUCAUCUAAUACGAACUCAGAAGCGUCCACCGUUAUGCAACCAGUGACCAUCCCAUCUUUUAACCUCAAAACGGACUAUCAUGCACUGAUAGAUUCCGUGGAAUACUUCAACUCCUGCAUGUACCCGCAAUUGGCAAACUCCCUACGUCUUGGCACAAAUACAAAUAUAUACAAGCUCCCACCAACCAUAUUGGGUGCGGCUUCCUCCCGGCCCACCCAUCUUCGAUCGGGUUUGGUUUGUCUGACCCUCAGUCAUCGCAUGAACCAAAUGGGCCAUGAUCUGGAUUCAAAGCCCUUGAAAAGCCAUUUCUUUCGCCAUCGCGGUUUGAUGAUUCAAUCAUUGAAUGAAGAUAUCAACGAUUCACACAAGCGAGACAGCGAUAUCGUUUUUGCGGGAAUCCUAUCGUUACUGCUGGCCGAUGUGCAGCAAGGAGUCUCGCCACAUUGGCGAUACCAUAUUGAGGGGGUGAAAAGGUUGAUCAAUUUACGGGGUGGAAUGUUUCACCUAGCUGCAACGCCAGGACUUCUCCCAAUCGUUCUGUGUUUUGUAUACCUCGUCGUCAUUUCUGAUACUUCAUCACCUGCGUCGAAUAUGCUUAUCGGUGGAUUAAAUCCCAUGGAACUGGGCCUUUUCAUACAAUGUUUCGGCGAAAAUGGAUACGGCUUUCAGAUGUGCCCGACCCCGCUCUUCGGUGAAAUUCUCGAGAUCAACAAUAUUCGAUGCAAAAUUUCAACGAUAGAUGAAACGGAUGACAGCGAGCUUCACAGCGACGCUCGGGAGGUCCUACGUCGCAUUUACGAGUUUUCCCCUACAGCGUGGAUAGAGGCCAACGAAAAUCUCACCGAUGCAAGCAAGCUGGUAGUGGAGACUUAUCAAAGCGCAGUUGCAUUAUAUUGCAUGUCCUCUCUUCAAAGCAUGCGAGCUUUACCUCCAAGUCCAUUAUUGACGAAGAAUCGUGACACGGAGAAGCAAAUAUUACAUGGGUUGGUCGAAAGAUUACUGCAAGGUGGAUCAUAUGGGUAUCCAUUUUGGCCUCUGUUGGUUCUUGGAAUGCAAGCAGUUGAUGGGAGUCCCACUUUGCGAGCCUUUGUUCGCAACAACAUGACAUGCAUCAGUGUCCGUGCCGGUACACAUGCACCACUAGCCGCAAGGGACCUACUGGAAAAGUUCUGGAACUCUGGUAAGAAUGGAUGGGAUGAUUGCUUUGAUCAACCCCACGUUUUGACGACAAUCCUGACGGUCAAUCGGGGGCAAUUGAGAAGAGCAUCCUAA